UCUUUGCGGCCGGCGUCGCUGCCAGCGUUAAACGUUUACAAACGUUGACCGGCGCGUAUAAAAGAUGCCAGCCGGAAAGCGUUCAACAUCAGUUAGAAGCUUGGAGCUUUGUGGGUCACUCAAAGAGCGAUAGCAAGAGAGAGAGAGAGAGAGAGAGAGAGAGAGAGAGAGCAAUAGAGAGAACAAUAGAUAGAGCUAGGAAGACAACACAGGAGAGCAGAGCUAUUGGUAUUGCAAUUCAAACACAUCAACAAGGAUAAGCGAAGCAUAUUUGCCCAACAUGGCUGAGGAAGCUAAACGCAAUGAGCAGCUGCAGGACGCUCAGGAGGUCAUCGAUUGUGACAUUGAGCUCGAGAAGGAGCAGCCGGAAUCCACGCAGCGGCCCGUGCUGCCCAAGAGUAACAAGCUCAUCAAGAAGGCUCUGAAGAAGGCGCACAAGGCGCAGAGCAUGCUGUUUGAGGCUAUGGAACAGCUGACCGAAGCGCAGGCUAAUUAUGAGGCGCAGUGCAUGCUGCAGGCGGUGAUGGAGCUGCAUGCUAAGGAUGAAAAGCGUCAGUCCAAGCGGGCCAAGAAACCCGAGAAGAAGCAAGCCAAGAAGCAAGCCAAGCAGCAGCAGAAGGAGCAGCCGAACCAGAGCCAGGAUCCGAACGAGGAGAAACGCGACCGCAGCAACAGUGUCAGCUCCACAUCCUCGAGCUCUUCGAGCUCCUCGAGCUCCUCCAGCUCAUCGAGCAGCUCGAGCUCCAGCUCGGAGCAGGACUUUGGCCACGGACUCUUUGGCUGGCCUGGACGACACGGCCAUCGUCAUCAUGGACGACGCGAGCGUUCCAGGUCGCCAUCGCACUGGCGCAAGCAUGGCCACCAUGGCCAUAGGCACGGCCACGGUCCGCACCAUGGUCAUGCUCAUGGUCCGCACCGCGGUCCUCAUCACGGACCCCAUCACUUUGGACCCCAUCACGGACCCCAUCACUUUGGACCGCACAAUUUAAUGGCCCGAGGCGGUGGCUUCGGUGGCAACCCUUGGCCAAUAAUGGAGAAGCAGUUUUUUCGGGGCAGCGGCCUGCCGUGGGCCUUGGAUGCGAGCACGGCUUGGCCGAGGAGCCGAUCGACAUCUAGCUCGCGCUCCAUUUCACCUGGCAAAUCGGGUGCCCGACAGAGCAGGGCAGACAAACGGGGCAAGCGCCGUCAGGGACACGGACACAGACACGGAGAUGGCCGCAAGGGUGGUCACCAUGAGCGUCGAGUGAGUCGCUCCAGCUCGAGCUCCAGCUCCAGCUCUAGCUCUAGCUCUGCUAGUGAAAAGAAGCAGAAACGUCAAGGAUACGGCCACCGUCGCGGUCCUCAUGGACCACAUCGGAAAGAAUUCGACCUCGAGCUUAUUGACCUCGAACAGCUUUUCCGUUCAGAUUCGCCGUGCCGUGAGAAGUCCAAGAAGCACGGCAAGCACUGCAACGACAAGGGCAAGGGAAAGGGCAGAGGCAAUGGAAAGUGCAAGGGAAAGGGCAAAGGAAAGGGCAAGGGCAAGGGUAAGAACAAGUGAACUGACAAGCAAUGAAAUGGUUGGCCUGACGCACUGCCUCCGACUCCACUGAUUCCCAACGAUAUCUACUGAAAAACUGCCGCAUUACGACCUUAUUUUUCACACAUUUCGCGUAUAUCA